AUGAGAACAUUUAUAGAACUUUGCAAGAACAAGGACAAGUAUUUAAACGACUGCUAUCUGAAAGAGUUAACUGGUUUGGAUGACUAUGUGGAGAACUUACUAGGGAGUAGCUUUGACUUACCGUCCAAAUCAAAGGGAAAACCGAAUACUGAACGUCAACGAGAGGGCUUUGAGGCAGGAAUUGUCGAUACAAUCAAGCCUGGCACAUAUUCAACCAUCUGCCAUAUUUUUGCACUCAGCAACAUCCUGGGUUUUCCUAUUCAAACUGUUUACUCGGAAGUUAAAGGUUCCCUCGUCAAUCGGAAUUAUGUCAAUGUCCUUAUCACGCCUUCGCAGAUGCAGCAUCCGACGGUAGCAUAUAUAAUGUGGACACACACAAGCAAUGUCGACCUUCAUGGUUGGACACCAAACCAUUUUGUUCCAUUGAUA